CCGAAGACGUACGAUGGAUAGGCAUGCGAAGGUCCCUUCUUCUUGAACUGGGUACGAGGUUGCGACACCUGCCUCUCACAUCGACGCACUCGUUAGCCUCCCUUGCCUACUCCGUUCAAGGAGAUCAUGGGGUCGUCGCAGCCAUUGCCCAAGGAGAAGAAUUCGAAGCACGGGCCGGACUUGAUUCGUCGAUGGCGGCUCGAAUGCUCCAAUCCUGUACCUCACCGUGCGGGUAUGAAUUGGUUCGGCUCAUUCGCGCCGCGACGUCGCGAGGUUCCGAAUCACAUGGCAUGCAGCUUCAGGGCCAUGCCCUGAAACGUGGGUUCGGCUCCGAUGUCUUCGUGAUGACUGCCCUGAUGAGCUUCUACCUGGAAAAAGGCUCGUUGCGCGGCGCCCACAACCUGUUCGACGAAAUUCCCGAUCCGACCGUAGUUUCUUGGAAUACAUUGAUUUCUGGGUAUCUGCGCUUCGGGCUGUUUCGGAAAGCUCUAAGCUUGUUUGUUCAACUGAACAAGUCUGAAACUUGCGAUGGUGAUGCGUUCUCUGUGACGGCCGCAUUGGCUGCGUGCGGUCGGUCGAGCUUGUUGCAGCUCGGAAGGUCUAUCCACUCCAAGAUUGUAAAAGUUGGUAUGCGAUGCAGUGUUUUCGUUUCUAAUUGCUUGAUCGACAUGUAUGGCAAAUGCGGGUGCGUUCAAGAGGCGGUACGUGUGUUCGGAGCAAUGUGUUAUAAGGAUACUAUUUCGUGGAAUUCAGUUUUGUCAGCUUGCGCUAGAAACCAAAACCUUGAAGAGGCGUUGAGUUUUUUGCAGGAGAUGCCCCAUCCCGAUGCAAUCUCAUACAAUGAGGUAAUUAAUGGUUUUGCCCAGUUCGGAAACAUAGGAGAUGCCGAACAGAUCCUUUUGUACAUGCCGAAACCAAAUUCAUCUUCAUGGAAUUCAAUAAUAACUGGUUAUGUGAACCGAAAUCGAUCACAAGAAGCUCUUGAUUUCUUUACGAGAAUGCACUCGGAAUGCAUGGAGAUGGAUGAAUUCACAUUUUCAAGCAUUCUGAGCGGAAUUGGAUCUUUAGCAGCACUGAGUUGGGGAAUUGCAAUACACUGCUGCACGACGAAGUGCGGUUUUGACUUAUCUGUGGUUAUCGGCAGUGCCCUUGUUGACAUGUACUCAAAGUGCGGCCAAGUGGAAGAUGCGGAAUUGAUGUUUGACUCUCUACCUCAGAGGAACUUGAUAACAUGGAAUGCGAUGAUAUCUGGUUUUGCCCACAAUGGUUUCUUUGCCAAGGUAGUUCACUACUUCGAGCAACUUCUCAUCGAUGGUAUAGAACCAGAUGAGAUCACAUUUCUCAAUGUUUUAUCCGCAUAUUCCCAUGGCGGAGUGCCAUCGCACCUCGCAAUGAAGUACUUGGAAUUAAUGAUCGAUGAGUACAGGAUUCAUCCGACAGCCGAACACGGCUGUUCAAUAAUAAGGUUAAUGGGGCGAAGAGGAGAAGUUCGGAGGGUGGGAAAGAUGAUUCACAAACUCGGGUUCGGCGCAUGGGCCCCAGUUUGGAGGGCUUUGCUUGGCGCUUGCGGAUCUUGUCGGGAUUUGGAGAUUGCGAAAAUCGCAGCUGCGAAGCUGAUCCAAUUGGAAGGCAACGAAGAUUACAUAUACGUUGCGAUGUCCAACAUAUACGCGUCUCAAGGGAAAUGGAGCGGAGCGGCUGCGGUUAGGGAGCUGAUGAGGUCGAGAGGCGUGAUGAAAGGAGCUGGUUUUAGUUGGAUACAAGUGAAGAAUGUUGCAUCAAAUUCAGACGUGGCUUAGGCAAGACUCGACUUGCAGAUGGUGCAUGCAAAAUCGCAAACCAGAUGCAAUCAUGGGGCCGUGAUCCGUGGAGGGCAACAACGCGGGCAGAUCCGAAUAAGCAAUUUCUUUCUUAGCCUGCCUAAGUCCGUCCAAGCCCAAUCAACUAAGGACAUGAACUUUUCAAGAUCAGCUACUAUGCCGAGCUCAUGCAGAAGUUUGCAUGAAACCACCUGAACUAAACAGAAACUAUCAACAAUUGAAGAACAACAAAUCGCUACUCUUUUCUCUACCAAGAAGCUCAGAAUACCCAAUGAAAGAAAAUUUCUGUCGCACCUUUUUGCUUUGUGAAUCGAUGUGUGCCAAUAAAGUUCUGUUUGGCUGAA